GUGGGGGGAGAAACAGACACACACGGGGCCUAGUCGCCACAUCUUUUCAUGCGAAGAAGCUGUGCCGCUAAACCACCCGUUUUUGGUUUCCCAAAACAACUCCGGCCCGGGCCUCAGUCCGCGGUCUAGAGUUUGACAGCGGGCUGUUUGAGACGGAAGCAGGUCAGUGUGCAGCUGCCAGCCAGUUCCUGUGCCCCAGCCACCAUCAUGGGAGACAGCAGAGAUUCCCGCAGCCCAGACAGUUCGUCUGUGUCCUCCCCUCCAUCAGGCCAGCGGUCGCCUCCGCUGGUUCCCUCAGCCGCAGCUUCCAUGACCUCCCUACCUCCCAUCACCACCAGCGGGGUCAACAGCCCCAUUAGCAGCAUCGGCUCCCCCUUUUCCGUCAUCAGCUCUUCAUUGGGCUCGCCCUGCCUACCUGGCACGCCAUCGGUAGGCUACGGCCCCAUUAGCAGCCCGCAGAUCAAUUCAACAGUGUCCAUGUCAGGGCUCCAUGCGGUGAGCAGCUCCGAUGAUGUGAAACCUCCGUUGGGCUUGAAUCAGAUGUCGCCCCACAGCCCAGGGCCGAUGCUUUCCCAGAAACGCCUUUGUUCCAUCUGCGGAGACAGAUCUUCUGGUAAACACUACGGUGUCUACAGCUGUGAGGGCUGUAAAGGCUUCUUCAAGCGCACAGUGCGCAAAGACUUGACCUACACCUGUCGGGACAGUAAAGACUGUAUGGUGGAUAAGAGACAGAGGAACCGCUGCCAGUACUGCCGCUACCAGAAGUGCCUGGCCAUGGGCAUGAAGAGAGAAGUGGCCAAGAUGAACGACAGAUCUGUCCAAGAGGAACGGCAGAGGAACAGGGAACGAGAGGGCGAGGUGGAGUCGACUAGCGCGGUGAACGAGGAGAUGCCAGUGGAGAAGAUUUUGGAAGCGGAGAUGGCUGUAGAGCAGAAGACAGAGCUUCAUGCAGAUGGCAGUUCAGGUGGCAGCUCUCCCAACGAUCCUGUCACCAACAUCUGUCAGGCAGCAGACAAGCAGCUCUUCACUCUGGUGGAGUGGGCGAAGAGGAUCCCUCACUUCUCUGAGCUGGCCCUGGACGACCAGGUCAUCCUGCUGCGUGCAGGCUGGAAUGAACUCCUGAUCGCAUCUUUCUCCCAUCGCUCCAUCUCGGUGAAGGACGGGAUCUUACUCGCCACAGGCCUGCAUGUCCACAGGAACAGUGCUCACAGUGCAGGUGUUGGAGCCAUCUUUGACAGGGCGCACAAUGCCGAGGUUGGGGCCAUAUUUGACAGGGUUUUGACUGAGCUUGUAAGCAAGAUGAGAGACAUGCAAAUGGACAAGACGGAGCUCGGCUGCCUUCGAGCCAUCAUCCUCUUCAACCCAGACGCCAAGGGUUUGUCCAUCCCCAGUGAGGUGGAGCUCCUGAGAGAGAGGGUGUACGCAUCGCUCGAGUCUUACUGCAAACAGAAAUACCCCGAUCAGCAGGGCAGAUUCGCGAAGCUCCUUCUCCGGCUCCCAGCACUGCGCUCCAUUGGUCUAAAGUGCCUGGAGCACCUGUUCUUCUUUAAACUGAUCGGUGACACACCCAUCGACACCUUCCUGAUGGAGAUGCUAGAGGCACCUCACCAGCUCACCUAGAGGAGCCAGGUUCGGCCCGGGCAGGAUCCGAUGCACACGAGGAUUACCAACACGUCACCCCAUGUUGGGUCGUUGGCCCCCUUGUUGAGCCUCACUUAACUGCAGCUCCUGCUGGUUUUAAUGUACCGGCUCUCACACUUGUACACAGACACACAAAUAUUCCAUGUCACUGGCUAAUUAUCUUCACACACGUCGAUUUGAACUUGCAUACAUGAAUUGACAUGCAACAUAAAUAUGACACGGAUAAUGUGGCUCUGAAUGAACAGUAUGCUAAUACACACAAACACACACACACACACACACUCUACCUAUUUUCUCCAUAUUUUCCCUUACUCAGUUUUCCAUCAUAAGGGUUACGACUCAAGGAAUAUAUCCCCUCUUCUGUCUUAAUUUUAAGUUAGCCUUCAGUUUUCACGUCUUCAUCUCAUAGCGGGUUUUUGCUUCUGCGUAACUGCGUUACUUAGUUACACUGCUAGCCGCACCUCUGUAUAUUAUAUCCAUCAGUAACCGGUUAGUUAUUCAUGUAUGGUUUUAGCUUAAAAUCAGGUGCGUAGCAUUUCCAUCAACUGUCCAUCAUUACAUGUCUUCACUUCUUAUUGGUCAGGAGGUGUCCUAUAAUGGACAGGCAGACACACCCUCCCAGUGAGUUCAUCCAAUCUCGUAAACAUUGAAAUAUUUUAUGCUUUUCUUUUUAAUAUUCAUGCUGAAACUUGUUUGAGUUUCUAUUUUGAAGUACUGUACUCAUGAAAUGAGAGCUUUUUCCAAGGCAUUGAAAUCCAGGAAAAUGGGAGUGUGAGCACUUUGUUGAACCACACUGAUGCGCACAGCGGGCUUUGUAAGACUAGAAGAAUGACUUGAAUUAUUAUUAUUUUUCCUAGUUUUGGUUUCUUCCUUUUCUCUAUUUUGGCAGUUGGUUGGCAUUUUGAACAGCGUGAGGCUCGCAGGGAGAGUACAGCUUCAUUCAAGACAAAAUUGUAGUUUAUCUUCUUUUCUCCCAAAUCCUCCUUUUGCUGGUGGUCAUUUAUGCACUUUUGUGAGUUGUAACUAUGUACAUGUUGCUGUUUCCUAGAAAUAACCAUCUCUUCUCAGAUACCUGAGAUGACCUUGAAGGUACUAUGUGUAGGUUUUCUCAUUAUUGCAUCAUUGUUGAAUCAGAUGUGAGGAUUUAUUAUAGAACUUGCUAAAUAAUUGUCCGCUUCCUGUGCCGAUGAUAACCAGGUUUGGGACUGAACACUAACCACCAAUGGUUGAAGUAUGUUCGUCUCUCCUAACACCCAGUCCAGAUGAGAGUCUAUUAUUCUUGAUAAGUUGCUCUCUAUUCCGAAAUUGUAUUUGUAUGAAAGAAAAUAGUAUUUACUGUGCUCUGUGAGAGGCAUUUCUUUGUAUUCAAGAUGCUGUACUCGGUCCUCUCUGCAAAACCAAGUCCAAAAAGUAGAAUUUUUGUGCAACACAAAAAGUAGCAGCAGAGACAGGAUUUGUAAAGACCAGCUGAAAUGAUCUAAAAGUGGCAAUAAUGCAACAUUAGCUUUCACCUUGAUCAUCAAUUAAUAUCUAAUGUGGGUUAUCUGCAAUACUUGUGCAGCCCACCGCUCUUGGAUGGAUCACUGUGUGUGAAUAUAAACUGGUAAACAAUGCACCAGUGUGUCGCAUUACUGUAAUGAAGUUAUGAAAUAAUGACAUUUGUGCUAUAUAAUGGAAAUCCUACACCUACGACCUGCAGCUUUGGAAACUUUAUUCAGUGUGUAUUGGCUCAAUGCUUGCAACUUUUGUACAGUAGAUGUAAAUACUACAAAAGAAAAAAAAAAACAGGAGUCAUGCAGAAACAAAGUUCUGGUCACACUCAUGUGAAUGUGAAAUAUGUGGCUCCAAAAAACUAAUUUAAAAGCUCUAUUUUUUGCUGUUGAAUUACCAUUAGACUUGCCUUGUGUAAGGAAAUCACCAUUAUUAUUAUUGAGCCCAGGGCCAAACCACACCUCACUGCUGCUUUUGCACCAACGUCUGCCAAUGCUUCCUGUUGUUCUUGGUAAUUGGUUGGCUGGACUUCAUUGACCAUGGCACUUGACAUUUACUGUGAUUUUAAAUUUGUGGGCAACUGAAUCUGAGCAUUGCAGUGAGAAGUCAAAUGCAGCUACAACAUGAUCAGGGGAUAUCGAGUAAACUAUGAAUUAAACCAUCUACACACGCUCAAAGGUGAGCAAUACUGGGGUACACAAAGAUUUAUUACCAUAUUUUUUAGUAUUUAAAAGAGGGUUGAUGUUCUGAGGUAUACGUAGCCUUCUUAUUACUCACCACAUUUACUAGCAAUUAGAAACGUGCAUUUUGCAGUAUCAUUCUACAGGGAAGAGGUACAGCUGUCCUCCACCAGGUGCUAAAUAACUAAGAUGGUCUUUUAGUUUAAGACUUGCACAUUUACAUCAAUGCAAACACAGUAUGCAAGUACACAGACAAAUCAUUCUCCACUCAUGGAACAGGUCUUAGGAUGCAGGAUUCCCUCUAAGGUUUUUUUUUUUUUUUUUUUUUUUUUUGUUACUUCAUGACCCCUAACUCUAUUGCAGACUCCCAACAAUGGAAAAUGAACACCAGCUAAGUGCUUGUACAUUUAGGCUGUGGCUUACAGGUCCUUGCACUCUACCAGACACGGCCAGUGUCUUGUGUUUUAGAAAGCAGUUAGGCUGGUGGAAGCAAUGAAAGUACAGCUGGUGGAUGUUUUCACCAGCUACUUUGACCAGAAUCAGCAAUGAUCUUCCUGCCCUGUGGAUAGUCCAAACACUUCACAGAGACGAUCCUUGGCCUCCUUCAUGGGAUGUGGACUUGGAGGAUGACAGUUAGAUGACCUGUAGGACAGGUGGCUUGGAAUUAAUGUGAGGUGCAACCUUCUUGUCCCUCACAGUCGGCUGACUUUACGAUGUGUGCUCACCUGUUGGGUUGACAGCUCAGUAAGUGUCUCUGCAGGAUCUUUUGGAGCUUCCUCUGUUGAAUGUUUAAGCCUGCUGCUACUGCAUCAUGUUAUAGCUGGAGAUGGGAAUGAUUAGUCUACCAGUUACAUACACAGCUGACUGAGCAAAUGCCAAGGUUCAUCCAAAAGUAAAAAUAUGCAACUUGUAUAUUCAUAUUGUGGUAAACAGUUGUCAUGCAAUAUGUGCAUUGUGUUUCUGGCAUUUGCAAACGUUAGCUUAGUGUGUUACAUAAGGUGAUAUUAAAAGGCAGUGAAAUAUUUAGAAUUCCCAUCCUCCAUAUAACAGCAAUGUGUUUAAAUGUUUCCAUUUUUAUAUUUUUUAACAUUUCGCUAUGAGCGUAGGUAAUUUAGAGUUGAUUCAGUAUGAUACAUUUAAAAAAAGGAGUCGGUGCCGGUUCUGUAUGCUAAGCCACUUUAAGCUUUGCUGAUCAGGCAGACUGUAUUAGCAAGAGCUGGUGGUUGGGUAUUUCAUUUUUUUAGCAUUUGUUAUAGGGUAUGUGUGGCCACAUGUGUAUUCUUGUAUGCACAUGGGUAAUGAAUCUGACUGCAGCUACGCCUUUUGACUGGCAGAUACUAUAGCUUUGGCGGUGAUGUGCGGUGUGUUGUUAAAUUGGAUGCACAGAGGAAAAGGAGCCAAGCCGGGAGGGGUGAUUAACUGGCGUGUUGACCUGAUGCUUUAUCAACACAGCCCAGCCUCCUCCCUUCCUCCCUUGCUCCGUCUCCACUACUUUAAACUUAACAAAUGCUUAAUCACUCACCCAUGUGGGCUGAAGAUGACUUGCUUUGGAAUGGACUUGUAAAAUAAUCCUUUUGAUUCUUGGACUGUUUGAAAAGGAUGUGAAGCUUUCCAUGGGACAAGCAUUGGAGAGCUAUAAGGGAGGGAGUCAGGGCAGCGUGUCCCUCUUUGCUUACUUUACUUGACGGCAGAGCAGCGACGAUCUGAGGUCGCCAUGGGAGACCGCUGUAUCGCACCGCACCGCCCACAAAUGUUUGUCGUUGCAACUGUGUGCACUCAAGGCAGACGCAUGCUGUGACCUUUUGACUGUAGCAGUAUUGUUGUCGCCAACUUUUGUUACAUUUUGAAAUGACUUGCUUUCUGAAAAUAAAGACAUUGAUUAAAUAUACUUUUUUAAAUAGGAUUGCAGGCUGUGACUGAAGAAAUGAUCAUCGUGUAUAGAUUAGAUAUCAGUGCGGCAUUUUUACCUAUUGACACAGGCCCCCUGGUGCCAAGGCCCACCCCAUUAUGAUCAAUGAGGCAGUGUGUGCUAUGCAGCCUUGAAACCACAAAUACUGGUUCAUUUAUCACUGCCAGGUUGUUUGCAGAUUUGGCCUUUUCUUCUUUUAAAUGCAGGGCCACUCAGUCCCCAGUGUUUGUUUGUCAUGUAUGUUGUGAUUAUUGUGCAGCGCACUAAAGAGUGUGUGCUAACCUUGGCCUGUGUGGCGCAUACUAAAGAGGGGCCCUAAUAGGAUUGGAAUGACAGGCUCGUGUGGAGAGGGGAGGACUGGUCACUAGAGAGAGAAGUACACCAGUGUGUGGCCCCCUCUUGGUGCUCAAGCUGUGCAUUGGUGCUUCUUUAUAGGGUCCCCCGGCCCCUAGAGUUUCUGCCUUGGUUUUCAAGACACGGAAAUGCAAAUAAGGAAUGAUUAAACAGGGAGAGCCCUGGACCUGCUCUUCUUCAGUUGCAUUUGUUUGUUUGUUUUCUGCGAUGGGUUUGUUUUCUGCAACCUGUAUUUUCUGUGUUGGAGUCACAUGUUGCUGGAGCUGGAUACUACCAGCAAUAAAAACAAAACCUUCAGAAUUUGUUUUAGAUUACGAGGGAGAAAAUGUGGCUCUAAUUGUAGACACAGUGCAGAGGCCACUAGAAGCCACAGGUCUGGUUGCAGGAGGCACCUCUGAGCAGAAUGUGGUUACAUUGAAUGAACUUGAUGGGAGGAAUACGAUUGCUCACUUUGAGGAGGAGGAGGAGGUUGUUGUUUGUGUUUAAGGUUGAAGGAAAUGUGUAGGGUAGGUCAGAGAGAAAGGAAGGGCAGGGACCUUAAACACAACUCUGAUCAGGCGUUGAUUUGUAAAUCAAGAAGAAAAACAGAAAACCUAUUUUCCGGUAGAUCUUGAAUCUUCCUUUAUUGUUUACUCUUUACCAUAAAAAUAAUUCACACUGUUUCUUUGUGUUGUUUCCUGUCUCUCUCUUCUCCAACUAUGAUAUUCAUCUUUUGUUCAUUACAAAGUAUUAAACAAAUGCAAGAACUGUAAAAUCAGAAUGGAAUCUGUCACUCUUAUUGUUUUAUUUCUCUCUCCUUCUCUUGUGUCAGUUCUUUGUCCUGUUUGUAUCCUACUCCAUCGCACACAUGGAGCUGAUUGACUGCUGUGUGCUUCGGGGAUUGAAGGAAGAAAAAAAAAAUAUGAAUACUUUUUUCCGUCAUUAAUUCUGAAUCUCUGAAUUUCUAUGUGUUGUAUCAUGUCCGAGUAAAUGUUUUAAUACUGUAA